AUGGGCGUGACACAAACCGCACAAAAGAUGCUCGAAGCAGCACACAUAUCCCCCCAAAUCUUCCAACUCCGCCCCGACUACCGUGCCCUCCUAAUGGUAGUCGAAGGCAUACCACCAGGAGCAAGUGACAGUCACAGCGAGGCCCUCCUCCGACAAGCCGAAACGAGCAUCAAAGCCCAACUCUCCAAAACACCCGUGACAGAACUCCCCCACAUAUCCACCUGGCGCGAAGCCUACAAAGCCUUCGGCGCAAAGCCCAAUAAAACCCGCAACAGCCUGGAAGCUCUGACCCGCCGCGCAGAGGGCGGCUUACCGCGCGUAAACCGAUUAACAGAUAUCUACAAUGCCAUCUCUGUCAAGCAUCAGAUCCCACUAGGUGGCGAGGACCUGGAUAAAUACGAUGGAACGCCGUUCCUGGUGCGUGCUACUGGCAUGGAGGAAUUCCAGACGUUUUCUAGUGGCGAGGCUUUGAGCGAGACUGCGGCGCCUGGGGAGCCGAUUUGGUGUGAUCAGACGGGUAUCACUUGUCGACGGUGGAAUUGGAGACAGGGACCUCGAACGGUGUUGACGGAUGAGACGAGACGGGGUUUGUUUAUUCUUGAUGCUUUGAAGCCGCUUUCGGACCAGGAUCUUGUUGCUGCGGCUGAUGAGCUUGCUGGGCUUUUGAGGGGUUUGGAUGAUCAGGUGCAGACUUCUUAUCGGAUUAUUUCUGGGGCUGAGAUUGUUUCUGAUGGUUCUUGA